AUGCAACGCAAUGGUGAGUUUAACAGUAACAACUUGCAAAACUUAAAUUGUCAACAUCUAUUUAAGUUGCCCAAAGACAGUGAAAUUAUGAUUAAAUCGCUUGACUGGAAGCUUCGGGGUCUUAUUCAGCCAAGUACAACAAUCGAUUGGAGAAUAGUCCUCGUCCUUUUCUUUUUUUCCGCUUUCCACACUCAAAUAUUCCAUAUACAUAUUGCAAUAUUGAAUGCUCUGCCAGCGGCGCUACAAGGAGCAGGGACAUGAUGCGGAAUAAGCAGGGGGAUACGCCCCCUUUGAGCCUAGGAUAUUCUAUAUGGUGAUGGUCGUGCAGACAUAGCACUCUCACAUUGGCACAUAAAAAGCGAGCUGCGCUAUAUAUAGAGGAAAUAAAAUAAAACUCACAAUGACAAGCAAAGGAUUUCAAUCGGUAUGCGGUUCGAGUAACGCGCCUGCACUUAUAUAUCUGUAGAUUCAUGUGCAUUAUGCUUCAUUAUGACGGGGCAAGGCCAACGGAAUAGUGGACAGGCAUUGCGCAUACGCCGCGUUGUGUGGAUGCUCAUCGAUGCGGAAUCAGAGCAGUAGUGAAAAAUCGCUGCCGUAAAUCGAAUAAAACUGCAGCCAGGACCCAUUAAUUUUUUUCUCCCCCAACUGCACUUAAUUGAGGCGGCAAAUUAAAUUUGUACCCAACUGGGUCAGGAGAUUAAAGAAGCAUAUGUCGAGCCGCAUCUAGCAUACGCCAUGUUGGCCCGACCAAUUAGGAAACCAACUCGAUGGGCAUAUCGGCAAAGUUGUAGCGCAUCAGUAUAUGGAACGAGAAUGACUAUCGCCAUGGAGCUUAUCAUUAGCAAGGGACCAGAGGCACUCCCUCCUUUUUUUGCUCUACUUUCUCCCAGGGCUUCCCUUUUGUGAUUUAUGUCUUCGUCAUUGGUUAAAAGGAUGCUGCGAGGUUGCGUCUGGCAUCUACGCAGUUAUACUGACCUGACAGCGGCGGCAACAGUUUCCGGUCUUAUUUAUGGCUCCAAGGAUUCCCAGAUGGGCAUUGCAUAACUCAGCACGAGCAGACCGAUAAGUGGUUGGACAUUCACUUGAGAGAUGGUUUCUUAAAGUAGCCCACCGACAUUUCCUGCUCUCUGCCAAGUGUGAAUCAUAAAUUUCCAUCUACUUUAAUUAUGCGAUACGCACUCAUAUCGACUUUUUGCUGCUGCUCUUAAGCAUUCUUUUUAGCUAACUUUUUUUGUCCUGCCACCAGAAUUUUCCCGUGAAAAGUUUUAAUUAUAAAAGUUCGGGCCAACGCUGCGGCAAACACAUAGAACAAGAAAUACGACAUGCCGCAAUGCCAGAAAUCAGUGGAAACAAUGGAGUGAAGUGAGGCUGACCUCAAUUCUUCAGACAUCUUCAUCAUAAAUCCGGAGGGUAAACAAGGCCAGCAAAAACUAAUUAAUUGGCUUUUCAGGCGCCGGCAAUCGAUUUUCGUGGAUUAUUUUAUAUGACCAAUCCUACCGCUGUAUCUCACUACGUCAUUUGUCAAAAGAAAUUUCCCAAGCUCUUUAAUCGAA